AUCCAAGUGAGAAAUGCCCCCGUCUCUAUUCUAAUUGUCUCUUUCAAAAACAAACACGAAAGCGACAGCCGGUGCAUUCUGGUCGCUUACUCCCGUAAGUCAACCCACCCGUCAUACGACAGAAACCCCGGAUUUCACAAUGUCUAAUGUAAUACAACGUCAGACGACGCCCUUUCUAUUCUAAAGAAUGUAAAACCAAACCCUUUGAGAACGGGCUUUAAGUCGUAUCCGCGCCCGAGUUUGUCGCAUUUUAUGCAAAGGCCGUUUCCGCGCUGCAAAACACGUCACUUUGCUGUCCCUGGUGCUGGUUACAGCGCAUCGGAUGGCGAGUUGAGCCGCCAGUCCGCUGUGGGCGUGGUUGUUGUAGUGGCUGUCCUGCCUAAAGGCGGCAGUCUGAUUGGCCUGUUUACUGGCCUGACACCUGGAUGUUAGUGUGUGGCGGAGGGCCCACAGCAUCCCCCGCAGCGCCUCCCCAGACACAUGACGAGGGGGGUUUGUGAUGAAAUUGGCUUUUUUCUGUCACAACUUGGCUAAAAAAGAAAAAUACGGGGAGGGCGGAUGGUCAUCCAGUUAUGUUGUUUAAGUGCAAGUUUGUUUUAGCAUUUUUUAAUAUGUUUUUUUUGGCUGUUUUACACGCUGGAAAGCAACUCUCUGUUUUAUGCAUUCCAGUCCUGUAUGUGUAACAAACGCUGUCUAUUUCCUCUUUAGGAAAACUCCACGGCACCUGUUUGGUGGUGGUAGUGGUGGUGCUGCGCUGGCCCCCAAACGUGGCCAUGCGAACGCAGCCUUUUUGGUUUGCUUUUUUGACUUACUUACAAAAUAAAAUCCUAUAAGUUAACAACCAGCACAGCUGUUCUAUACACCGGACAGUUUGUUUUUGCCCGACUUGGCCGUUCCACGUAUGCUUCCCCUUACACAGACCCCUUCGUAUACGUCAGUUAUAGCGGACUAUGGGCGGGAGGAUGCCCCUGCCACACUAAGCCCCCCUCCCCGCUGUAACCCAAAGCAGAGCAAAACGGAGCUGUUUACCCCGGCCGUCCGUUCCUCCACCGUCCGCUCCCACCACCUCACAUUUUGCAUAAGAAUCCCACGAUGCCCUUUUUUUCUUCUAGCGGACUUUGGUAUUUGCUAGUGUCUAUCGAAUAUUUAGAGACCCUAAUGUAGUCUACCUUCUUCGACGCUCUUAAAUCAACAUCGAACGACCAUACACAUACACACUCGAACACAAGCUUCGACAAACCCCUACACCAUGGGUCUCAUUGAAACCCUUCUGGAGCACGUCUCCAUCAAAACAAUUGCUGGCUUCCUCGUCUUUGCCUUUGGUGCCAGAAUCAUCCUCUCCCCAAUCAUCACCCGUGCCAAGCUCAAGCGACUGGGUGGCAAGCGUGCCGUCGCUGUCCCGUCAUGGGCUCCUCUUGGCCUCGAUCUUGUCCGUGAAGGCAUGGCCGCAGCGGACAAGCACCUUAACAUUGAAUUUUGGAACGACUACCUCUUCAAGAAUAGUCCCCACGGUACUGCAGAGAGCAGUGUUGCUUUCCGCCGCAUCAUCUUCACCAGCCACCCCGACAACAUCAAGGCCAUCCUCGCCACUCAGUUCAGCGAGUACGGCAAAGGCAAGGACUUCCACGAGGAGUGGAAGGACUUUCUCGGUGACAGCAUCUUUACUACCGACGGCGAUCAAUGGCAUGCUAGUCGACAGCUUAUCCGCCCCCAGUUCACUCGUGACCGUGUAAGCGAUCUUGAGUGCUUCGAGUCCCACAUGCAGACCCUCUUCAAGGUCAUUGCCAACGGUGGCGCCCUCAACGGGCCUGAUCAGCCUGUUAAUAUGGCUGCUGCUAAUGGCCGAGUCGUCGACAUGUCUGAAAUCUUCUUCCGCUACACCUUGGAUGUUGCUACGGAAUUCCUCCUUGGAAACGACGUCCAGUCUCUCACAACCGUCAAGCAAGAAUUUGCCGAAGCCUUCAACGACGUCCAACGAAUCCAAAACAUGCUCUCCCGCGGUGGCAACCUGCGCCACAUCUUCCCCAAGGGCAACUUCUUUGCCGGCCUCAAGACCAUCAACAACUUUGUCAACUUCUUCAUCGAAAAGGCCCUCGUCCUGACACCCCAAGAACUCGAAAAGACCGCCGCCUCCGAAAAAGACUAUAGUUUCCUGCAUGCCUUGGCCGGCUUCACCCGCGAUCCCAAGGUGCUUCGUGACCAAAUUAUCGCCGUCCUCCUCGCAGGCCGCGAUACCACCGCCUGCACCCUGUCCUGGGCCAUCUACGAGCUGGCCCGCCACCCUGAUGCCGUUACCAAGUUGCGCCAGGAGAUUCUCGAUACUCUUGGUCCCGACGAGCUGCCCACGUAUGCCAACCUCAAGAACAUGAGCUACCUCAAGAACGUCAUCAACGAGACCCUCCGUCUGUACCCUGUGGUUCCCUUCAACGUCCGCCGUGCCCUCAAGGACACCACACUGCCCACCGGUGGCGGUCCUAACGGAACCGACCCCAUCAGCGUGCUUGAAGGCACACCCAUUGCCUACUCUACGCUGAUGAUGCAGCGCCGCAGCGACAUCUACCCGUCGGUCUCCGAGGGCUUCGCCGACAUUGAGGAAUGGAGCCCGGAGCGCUGGACCAACUGGCACCCCAAGUCGUUUGAGUACAUUCCCUUCAAUGCCGGCCCUCGCAUCUGCAUUGGCCAGCAGUUUGCCCUCACCGAGAUGGCGUACACGCUCUGUCGCCUCUUCCAGCGCUUCGAGAGCGUCACAACACACAUGCACCCCAUUGACGGCGGCAACCCCAAGCUCAAGUCCGAGAUUGUCCUUGCUCCUGCUCAGGGUGUAUAUGUGUCUUUCCUCGAGCCUACCCCGGUCUAAUGAGAAUAUGAUUGUCCUUUUCUUUGGUGGUGUGCGUUGACCGCGAUCCCUCACCCCUCUCGUUCUUUUUGUUAUAUGGCGUCUCUCCACCCUUCCCAUCUUGGCGUUUAUAUUUGGUUCCAUCCGCCGGCCCUCGUAGUUUAGGGUUGUUACGGCAUAUAUACAUGUAUAUACUUUUUUAUAAUAUUGACAAUGACUUCUCUUUAUUACUUUAAUCGUCCGCUAUUACGUCCAACUCUUUAAGAUUGUGAAAUGCCUUCAUCUACUUGCAGCCAAAGCUGUCCUGGACGGCCUUGCCAAAGCGUGAAAUCGCCUCAUCCAUACCUUCUGCCGUAGCAGUCGCAAACGUGGUUCUAAAGUAGAGACCGCUUAGGGGCUUAUCUUUUUCUGCACGGAACCAUGAUCCUCUCGCGACCAGCACACCACUCUUAAUAGCCAAGUCGAAAAUCUCUUCCUCAACCUCUUCAAUAGAGCGUGCACCAGCGUCGGGGUGCUUGGAGUAAUCGACCGUCAACCACAG